CUCUGCCCCGAUACCCCCCCACACACCGUCUGCCUUGAUAUCCCGUUACACACACCCAUUGCCCCAGCACCCCAAGCUGCACCAAGGAAGUGCAGCACCCCUCAGCAAUCCCAAGUUGUGCCCAGGGCCCCUGGCUACUUCUCUGCCCAAUACCACUUCCUGACCCACUCCUUGUAGCUGAGGCAGGACUCAGUUGCUGCCAACAAUGCUGAGGUGCCAUGCCACUCAGACCCAGGUCAAUGAUGCAGACCUGCACCUCCAUCCAGGCCUCCUCCCACCAGCCCUGUGCCCCCCUCCAACCUUCCUAGUAGCCUCAGUCCAUAUGCCCUCCACAGCCCCUGCGUCCCACAGCCUCCCCAAUGCUCCCCCACCACCCAAUAGCUCCCACCACCUCUGUGCCCCCUCCAGCUGCCCUACACGCCCUCCAGCCUCUGUGCCCACAGCCCCCUCAUAUCCCCACAGUCCCUGUGUCCCCCACAACCUCCCUGAUAGCCUCCAUACCCCACAGCUCUUGUACUCUCCCAGUACCCACAAUAGCCUCCUUCACAGCUCCCACAAACUUCCCAAUCCCUAUGCCCCUAACUCGAAUCCCUCUUUAAAGACUACACCCGGUCCUCCACCCCCAAAUACCCAGAUAUCUCUGAGUUGCUGUUGGAUUCCCAAGGGGACAAAGAAAACUCGAGCAAUAUGGUUCUGCAGCAGGGUGACCUCUGAAGCCUGUUGCUUGUGCUCUCUGCUGCCUGCCCUGCUCCCUGCAUCACUGAGCUGGGAGCGGGUUGAUUUGCAGCCUGGUUCCUGCUCUAGGGUCCAGCGUGGUCCAGUUUGCUGAGAUGUCUGCAGACGCAGCCAAGUCCCACCCACUGGUACAGGCACUGGUUCACCUCACUGCAGGGGCAGCAGGCGGGGUGGCAUGUGUGGUGAGCGGGCAGCCCUUUGACACAAUCAAGGUGAAGAUGCAGACCUUCCCCACCAUGUACCGGGGUUUCUUUGACUGCUCAGUCCGGACGUACCGGCAGGAAGGGCUGCCUGGGCUGUACCAGGGCACCACUCCAGCCCUGCUUGCUAACGUGGCAGAGAACGCAGUGCUCUUCGCUUGCUAUGGCUUCUGUCAGCAGCUGGUGAGGCAGCUGUUUGGACUGAGCAGUGUGCUGGAGCUGAGCGACCUGCAGAGUGCACUUGCCGGCUCGUUCUCCUCUGUCUUUUCCUCUAUGGUGCUGUGCCCUGCGGAGCUGGUGAAAUGCCGCAUGCAGGCCUUACAUGAGAUGAAGGUCACCGGGCGAACAGCACUAGCACGUCACAGCUCUACCUGGGCUACUGUGAAAAAUAUCUUUCAAUCUGAGGGCCUGCUGGGAUUUUUCCAGGGCCUGACCAGUACUUGGCUACGGGAGGUGCCUGGCUACUUCUUCUUCUUUGGUGGCUAUGAAGUCAGUAGAAGCUUUUUCACCCAGGCUGGUCAGUGCAAGGAGGAUCUGGGUUCUCUUCCCCUAACAGUGAGUGGUGGGAUGGGGGGGGCCUGUUUCUGGCUGGCCGUCUAUCCCAUUGACUCAGUGAAGUCUCGGAUCCAGGUGCUUUCCAUGGCAGGGCGGCAAGAUGGCUUCCUGCUCUCCUUUCUUCACAUCUUGAGGACAGAAGGUUUCAUGGCUCUUUACUGUGGACUGAUGCCCACAGUGAUACGCGCACUCCCCUCCAACGGUGCCCUCUUCCUAGCCUAUGAAAUGACGAGGAAAAAGCUAACUGGCCUGCUUGAUAGGACACCCUGAGGUCAGAGGUCAAGGCCUGAUUUGGAAGGUGGCAUUAUAAAGCAGCUUGAACUAAGUUUGGGACUCCUUUCUGGCUGCUGUGGCCAAACCUUUCUGGAUGGUUCUCAGUGCCUUUGGAUUUUUGACACCUCCCAGCCUGGGAAGGACAGAUGUCAGCAGGAACUAAGCAGGCUGGCAUUUAAGGAGUAAUAUUAUGUUCACAGGCAUUUCAAAGGGAUGGGGACAGGGUUCAACCCCUGGGCAAUGCAAAACUGAAUCAUAUAGAUUUCCUUCUCUAGUGGGUUCCCUGUGUGCCUCCUUUCUAAAAGUCUACUCUUUAAUCUGCAUUUCUGAUCAAACCCAAGUGACCUGUGUUUGCUGAAAUGGAGCAGAGAAGUAAGCAUGCCCCAGCAGGCAAUGGUGUCUAAUAUGAUAUGUUUGUCUUUAUGUACAUAGAUAUAAUGAGAAUGAAACGUUCCUAGAUUUUUGUGGCAAUAAAUUAAAAUCUCUAAUCAGAGAGGGUUUCUCUGUUUUGAUGGGGGAGAGUGGUGGGAUUCUGGGACUAGAGAAUCAGGAGGAGGAAGAAUCUGGGCAAACUCAGUCUGGGACUUGUAGAACAUUGUAUAACAUUUGCUCUUUUCUCCUGUGACCUCAGUGAUGACAGUGGAAUGUUCGAGGAAGCUCCAGAGAGUAUGCUCCCAUGCUGGAUUUCAUGAGAACCUGUAUGAAAAGCUUUACUGAAGUCCAGAUAUGCUCCCUUAGUACACUGAUGUAUGCAUGUCCAGCAGUAGCCAGCACCUUCCUCCUAGCAGCCACCCCUAUUCAUUGGAUUCGACAUAUCAGUUCAGAUGCUUAAGGCAUGCACUUGGGACCCUCCAGAAUGUCUUUUCCUUUGGUUUGGUGAAAGCCUUUGGUUAUUUCUUUAACUUUUGGAUUGUCUGGACCCCUCAGUUCAGGGCAACUGCACCAGUAUUUCCCCUCUGUGGUCCACCAAGGGAUCCACUCUAGUCUCCCAGAUCAUCAUCUGUCACCUCUCUUGGGUGGAGACUCAUGUCUCUCUCCCUCCAGACUGGGAUUUUUCCAGGCUGCAGAGUUCCUUGCCUACACUGUGAUAUUCCCAGCAAGCGAGACUUUCUAAAUUGUAUCUGUGCUUUGCUUUGCUUCCUCUCUUGAGGCUGUGAACAGAGUAAUUACCAGCAAUCACCAGUCACCACACACAUCUUUCUAAGCAAGCACAUUUAUUCUUAAGGUGAAAGCAUUACAGAGAAAACAAUAAAAAACCCUCACACAUUCUAAAUGCUCAACGGCGGUCCUCCGUCUCCAGCCGCAAGUUCUGGUGGGCAUCAGUCCUUCAAAACCCACAGGGCUGCAAGUUCAUGACUAUCUCAAAUUCUGAACCAGAACGACCAGCUGGGCAGUUCAUCUGUUCCUUUAUACAGCUUGGGCCUUUGAUCUCUAAUCUUCGGGAACAGGUAACCAGCAGUCAAAGACCCGCCCCUCAGGGCAUAGCUUCAAAAGGCAGGGUUUGUGCAUAACCAGAAGUGGGGAAUUUGCAUUAACCAACCCUCCCCCCGCCUUCCAGAUACUCUACAGGAAACCCACUUAAUGCUUAUUGUCUAUUCUUGUCCAAAAGUCCAUUCUUGUCUGGCACAUUUUCAGUGGUAGUCCUUUGAACUUGCAGGCCUCAGAUCACAUCUCCCCCCUAGAGAGGUGCAAUGGGGUGUGUACUCCACACAAGCCCUGAAUGGAUUAAUCUGGGCCUGAUUGAAGAUGGAGCACAGCUGGGGAGGGGCUGGGUAGUGCUUAUAAAGCCAGGAAAUUUGCAGCAGAAAGGGGCUGCAGGGGGAGAGUCUUCAGUCACUCAGUGGGGUAUAGAAGAGGUACGAAGUGGUCCGGGGGGGCAGCAAGGACUCUGAGGGACCCUUGGCUGCCAGCUAGUGGGUCCUGGGCUGCAACCCAGAGUAGAGGGUGGGCCUGGGUUCCCCUACCAACCGCUGAGGAAGGUGGGGUGAAACCCCAUGAGGUAAGGGGUAUAAAGAGCCCAGAGGCAGACAGAAGACCUGCUGUAAGGUCAUUAGACGCUCUGUUACCCUGGGAGGGGUGGACAAAAGCAUGAUCUGUCCAGAGGGACAAGUUGUGGGGAGAGAGACCAUUGUAGUGAUAGAACAGCCAUUAGCAGGGGGUGCCAUGUGGGAAGACAGUUGCUAUGCCAUGCCUGGCCAUGAGGCGGCACUCCUGCAGUAAGUGAACCCUUUACAAGAGGUUACAUACAAUCCUGGCCCACAAUAAUACAUAAACUUUGCAUUUAAUACAAUGACCCCCAAAGAUACUUGCACUGAAUUCAGUGAGGUUUCCCAAGCACAUGCUGGACACUGCCGUCUCUAUCACAGCACAUUCCAUCCAGGCUGGAUUUCACUAGACCCUGUCUGAGGUGCUUUGCGAAAGGCCAGCUGGUGCCUUUGUACACUGACAUCUGUGUAUCUAGUAAUAGCUGGCACCUUCCUCCCCCAGCCUCCGUAGUCAUUGGAACAGCUGUGUCACUCAGGAGGCUCGACGCAUGCGCUUGGGACCUUCUGGAAUGUCUCUUCCCUUGGUUUGCUAGAAACCUUUGGUUCUUUCUGUAACGUUUGGAUUAUCUGAACCCUGCUCUGUCCUUGGCCAAAUAUUUCCAUACACCAAGGUUGAGACUUAGAAUCACUUGCUGGAAAUAUUCUUUUUCCUAUUAGUAAAGUUCAGGAUACUUAAAUGUAUUGCCUCAUAACCCAGUCUCCUCCUUGUCACUGUGUAAGGAAUUAAAAGUAGGGAUAUGAUUAGAAAAUAUUAAUGUAAAAGUAGCACCUGCCCAAGCCCCGUUCUAAUACUGCCUGGCUACACACCUGGACUGGGACUGAAAUUGUGCUUUAAGCAUCAUUUAAACUGUUUGUCUGCUAGUCUAAGGAUGUUCCUCCACCCCCACACCAAUGACACUGUACGUGUAAUAAAUAACAUCAACCUUUGCUUACUGUUCACACUCACAUAAAUGGAUGUGCUGGACUCCACAACAGAUUCACUAGCUACAUUCUUCUUAGGGAUGGCGGCGGGGCAGGGAGAAGAACCCAGCUUGGUUUCCCAAAAGUCAGACUGAGCGGAUCAUUGGAAAAAUUGUGCUGCUGCAAGAUGAGUGAUUGUGCAGUGGAGUCACUGAUUAGGAGGACAAAGAAAGGCCUUUUGACUGAACAUAACCUUGGCUGCAGCAGCUGCCUUCCUAGCACAGGGAUUAUGUCAUUAUUCACACCAGGGCAUGGAAGUUUGUGGGCUUGCACUAGGGAUAAAUUUGGCUUCUGUCUUAUUUUGUUCCUUUCCCCGCCUGCAGUUGCUGUGGGCCCUCCCCUCUCAGGAGGGGGGCAGGACAGAAAUGUCUGCUCAGACAGUGACACUUGAAGCUGACAGACAUGUCCAGCCAGCUCAGCUGCUGGGCCUGUGUGCCCAUCUUUGGGUUGCUCUCUGAUUGCCAGACCGCUCCUCUCUGGCUGUGCCUAAAGAUAGAACCAGCCCAUCUCUCCUUCCAGCCUCUCUGCUGCAGGCUUUACAGAGCAGUGUAAUUAAUCAGCGCAGGGACAGGAAAGUGUGCACAGGCCCUUUGCACCACAGGGCAGGAGUUACAAUUGUUCGAGCCUUGGAAAUGGCUUUGCUGUGUUACAACAAGGGCUGUGGACAAAGAUUUGAUGCCGAUAAGAACUCUGAGGGGCUGGUCUUGUUGCAAGAAACGAACCACAGACUUCUCAGAAUUCCUCUCCAUAAAGGUAUGUAACCCACCCACCUCUACAGGCACUCCAGUCUCCACUGCUCCUAGACACACUUGGCCCCCAAAACAAAACAGCGGAACCCUCACCCUCGGGCUGCCUGACUGGUCUGUCCCAACUCUGUCCACUUCCCUGGCCAGAUCCCUAUCCACGGCUGGUCCGUCCCUGUCCCGUUCACUUCCCUGCCCAGAUCUCUAUCCCUGUCUGGUCUGUCCCCGCCCUGUCCACUUCCCUGGUCAGAUCCUAUCCCUGGCCAGUCUGUCCCUGCCCUGUCCACUUCCCUGGCCAGAUUCCUAUCCCCAUCUGGUCCAUCCCUGGCCAGAUCCCUAUAUCUUGCUGGUCUGUCUCUGUCCCCUCCACUUCCCUGGCCAGAUCCUUAGCCCUGCCUGGUCUGUCCCCACCCUGUCCAUUUCCCCAUCUCUGCCCUGGCCAGUCUGUUCCUCUCCCGGCUGGUUCCCUGUCUCCAUCCAGCCAGUCUCCCCCCCAUCCAAUUCCCUGUCCACCAUCUGGUCUAUCCCAUUCCCACCCAGCUCCCCUGGUUCCCCUACUCUAGUGGGAAUUUUUCUCAGCCUAAUGAUGUUACUCAUCUGAGUCCUAGAUACUGGUUGAUGGAUAUGGAUCUGACUUUCUCUGCCUAGUCCUGCUUCUCAGUCUCUCACGGACUGCUCCUGGAUGGCUUACCAGUCAUAUUUAAGAUGGAUGGAAAAAACCUUCCUUCCUUCCUUCCUAAAUUCGCUCCACUUCCUCACUCACAACUCUCUUUUCUCUCACUCAAGCACUUAACUCGGGGGCUGUCUCUCACUCCUCCCAUCACAUCCAGGCCAAGCCCAAAUCUUGCCAUUUCUUCAUUUGCAGCGUAUCAAAAAUCUCCCACCCAUCUCCGUCGCAGUAGCUAACACUCCUGCUCAGGCCCUGGGAUCUCCGGUGUUGAUUAUUGCAAUGUCUGCCUUUCUGGCUAACUGUUAUGAACAUUGCGCUUCACCAGCAAAGGACUGGUACACAAAAAGAAGAGCCAGAGGCCUCUCUGCAAUGCUCCCCAGAGGUGCCCAGGGUUGUGAGGCACCUCACCACCACCUAGCCUCAUCAUGAGGAAGUCUUGUUUGUGCCUGAUGUGGAUCAGAUCCUUGAAACCACCAGCCUCUGGCAGCACAAUUAGAGCCUUCCAGGCCUCGGUCUCUCUGUUCAGGUAGCAACACACCAACUGCCAGAUCCUUGGAGUGUUCCCUGUAGUGUCUAGCCCCCUCCACUGAACCCUCACAGGGCUACCAGGCCUGCAGUUCCUAAGGAACCGUACGCCAGCUUGUAAGACUCAACUCAGGUUCAGCACUUUGCUUAACAUCACAGCACUGAGAUCUAGUUAUAAUGAAAACAAGAAUGUGUUUGUUGUCAGAGAACCAAGAUUCAUGUGAUAGUGAGAAUACUGGAAAAAUGGGUUACGUACAAAUCAAAAUCAUAACAUGCUUUCUAGAGACUAAAACAAGUUAUCCUCUGGUUUAACAGCUUGUCUCACCCAUCGUUCUCACCAGCGUUUUCAGCCAAGCCUGGCUGAGACUCCUCUUUCACAAAGCAAACUGACUGUUCGUUUGCUGCCUCAGGGAAGGAUGCUAGGGUGUCAUUUUUUGUCCCCCAAAUAUUCUAGAGCAAAUCUUUGACGUGCACCUCAAGAUGGGGUCUCUCUUCUCCCAUCCCUCUUCCCCGGCUGUUUGCUUCUUCCUGUUACUUUUCUCUCACUUCACAGUGCUUCAUUAGCAUUCGGUUCAGACUAGGGAGAGGUGACCUGCUGUGAACCAUACAGUAUUUAAUUUAGGUCUAAACAGCCAGACACUUCUUGUCUGACAGAAACCGCUUUUUUACCUUUGCUAGUGGCCAGCCCUAGACACAGACAUUAAGUACAUAAUUGCCAGUGUAUAUACGUAACUCCUUACACGGCAUCUGUAUGUGCCGUUUGUGAUUAGAUUGAUGACCAGUGUGACGCUGGCUUUUCUUUGAGAGCUCAGACGACAUUCUUUGGUGACCUAGAUAGACUGUAUGUCCCAGACCCAGGAGAUCCUUGUCACCCAGGCAACCCUCUGUUCCCCUUGCCCAUUGGCACUCAGAGGUUCCUGAGCCACCCCCUCCUGCUGCACUGUAGUGCUAGGCUGUUGGGAUGCUUUUGGCACAACUUCCUGGCAGUUAAUGCAGCUGGGCACAGCAUGACGCUCUGCUCCCUUGGGCUGCUGAGGUUAGGGACUGUCCCCUGCAUGGUGCCCCACACAUUAGUGUACUUAGUGUCCUGGCUUUGUGGAGUUCGGGGGCAGCCUUUCUCUGCAGCAUGGGACAUGUGUCACUUACUGCUCUGGAGUAGAGUAAAUGGUGGAUUCUUUGUAACUUGACAUUAUUACAUCACAAAUUGAAGACGUCAGUAACUCAACCAGAGAUUAUGGGCCUCCUACAGGAGUGGGUGGGGGAGGUCUGUGGCCUGUGAUGUGCAGGAGGUCAGACUAGAUGAUCACCCUGGUCCCUUCUGGCUGAAAGUCUGUGAGUCUACGACCAUAACCUACAAGCCCCUUGCGUGGGGAGGUCAAAAGGAGUGUUAGGCUUGUCUCUGGUCCCUCCC